GCCCGCCUGUCUGUCCUGCUGCAGUUCACAGUUCCAGGGGUCGCACCUCGCCUGGAUGUUGCUGUGACAACAUGGUCAACAAUAACCCAGACUGGUCCUUCCCAGUAUGAAUUUAAGGUCCUACCUCUCAACUUCCCACACACUGAGCACACAGUGCACCGAUUUCAUCAACCAUCGGAAAUACAACCUACGGAAACAGCGCCAGAGCCAGAGGGUAACUAAUUAAAACAGCUUCGAGUUUCGAGAUUACCAAUUUCCCCCGGGCAGCGAGCCUUGCACUUCACUCACCAUGCUGAGAACACACCAAGACCAAGAGAACCUGGUCUCCAUCCACCAGGCCAAUGCUGCAUCCAAACAGCAUGGCACGACCAGGACCCUUCAACCAAAGACACCAGGAGCACGAUACCCAAAGACGCCACUGAAGAUUCCCCUUAAUGAUGAGAACGCAGUGCGCGUCCUGGGUGGGAAGAGCAUCCUCACAAACAGGCCAAAGGGAGACAAGGCGCAAUGGCAGACCCCUGCAGAACCCCGGACAGAGAGGCCAGUGCUAGGCGACAAAACAACAAACACAAAGGCGAGGCAGCAGGCUAUCGGCAGAACACCUGCCAUCGGUGAAAUCGAGAAGAGCCAGCUUAAGCCUACCACCGUCUCUCGGAACAAGCCUGCCGCCACCAAGGCCGAUUCAUCUAAGCUCCAGAUCCUACAGGACAUCACGUCCGAUCCGCUUUCCACGGAACCGGACACCAAUCUGCCGCCUCCGGAGCCCCUCCCGUACGAAUCCGACGUCUGGCCAAAUGGCAUCCUUACCUUUGAUGCUCUGAAGCCUCAGAACCGCCUUAAGGGGCAUUUCGAGUACUACCACAAUCGGAAGGACGAGAAUGGGAUGACACGGUUGGACAGAGAGAUGGAGGCAGCCAGGAUGAGGCGCCACAAGGAGGCCGAAGCGAAGAUCAGGGAAGACUUGGAGCAGGGCUUCGACUGGGACUUGGGAUUUUUAGAGCCUCCGAAGAAGAGGACCGCGGCACCUGCGAAGGACUUGGAGAAUGUAAACAAACCUCUCGUCCGCCCCGGCGCAACGACGAAGGCCCCACCAACCAUUACUUCAAGACGCGCAGCUUCUGCCUUGGGGAUGGCGGACAAGACCGCCACAACAUCCACGACAACCUUUCAGCGGAAACCUCUUGCUCCCCGAUCGGCUGCAGCCACAAAUGCGAGCAAGCUGCCGAGCUUCAUGCAGCCGACCCGGGCUAGACCAGCACCACCAUCUGCAGUGGUGACCUCCAGGCCCCGGCCCACCCCGGCAGCGGGCCUAGCUGCCUCGAGAAGCACUAUCGGCUACAGCAAGGGCCGCAGCGCCUCCUCCGCCCUCCACGAUGGCACUGCCCAGAACCAGCAGCACGCGCGCAGCAGGUCUGAGGCGAGGUCUCGCGUCUUCUCCAGGACGGCGAGCGGCGCAAGUGACUCGACCGUCACCCCGGAGUCCUACGCGAAGGACAAUGCGAGCCCAAAGCCCGAGUUCGUCUCCAUCUUUGACGUGACUCCGAAGCUUGAUGAGGAGGACGAAGGUGCCAACCUGUUUGGAAGCGGCGGCGGCGGUGCUGAUGACCUGUUCGGCGCACUUGAGCACGAGGAGGACGAGUUCCAGCUGGAGUUGAGCCCUUGAGCCCUUGAUCACUUGAUCGCAUUUUAUGAUUAUGAAAGUCGGGUUGGCGUUUUUUUUUUUUGGUAGGUUCUGGAUAUCGGCAGGGUUGGUCUGGAUAUUAAAGAGGGACUUGGGCCUUCCGGGGUUGGAAGAUCAAGGAAGGAUUCAUGGUGAUACCCCAGGCCGGAGAUACGGUACUUUCUGUCGCCUUGUAGCGAACGAUAUUAUUACAGGUGAACUUGCAGCAUGUUGAGAAUGGUAGAGACCGUCUUGAGAACGGACUCGCUGUUAGUCCACGACCUACUACUCGAGCGUACCAUCAGCAAGUGUCAUGAGACUUUGUUUUUUGCACAUCACGUAUCAGACUCAUUGCCGCAUCUUGU